AUGAAGGCGUCACGCACGUACACGCCAAGCGACUCGAACAUGCCGGAGCCUAGCGCCACAGAUCUCGCAGCUGGUAUCGUAGGGCCUAUGGAUAUUCCAGUGAACAAACCCAUCCCACUCUUGCGCCUCAAAACACGCCGGUUCCGUAAGGAAAGAGCCCGUAUUGCCACCUACCGAAGCCUAUUAAAGCGCGAGGGCCGCAAACCCUUCGUCUCCAUCACGAUGAAGCGUCUACAGAAAAUGUGGCGUCUACGUUCAUCUCUUGGGCUACCAGUCACUUCAUUUCGGGAGAAGGCACAGAGUCUGAGCGAUUCUUUGAAUGAAGAAUUUCACGUGAUGCAGAAUCAGAGCAGCGUCUGUUUGUGCUUUUCCUGCCAGCAUAUACGUCGCUGGAGCUCUACAUCACAACCAUAUUGCUGUACGAACACGAACUGUAGAAUUACAUUCGUGAGCUUUAUAGAUCUCUAUGAACAUCAGCUGGACGUUCACGGAGGACUCGAUCCGAGAGCUAAUCGCAUCGUGAACGAGUUGUACCAUCAACAGCAGGGUAUGCUGGCUUUACCACCGUCCACAGUCUAUGCGGGACAGCAAUUUUUGAUUCCAAGUCGCCCACCGACGCCGUGGAAGUCUAUGGAUGAACUGGAUGAAGAGGCCAGAACUUUAAUGGAGAGAUUGCGGGAAGAAAGUCAGGACCUUUUUGUACGACCCUUUAAUGUGUUCAAGACAGCAUAUGAGCUAGUGAAGAGAAAUGGGUGGAAGGAGAUGAAACGGCAGUAUCAUAUUGCAAUGGAACACUACUUUGCGACGAUGAAGUACCCUGCUUCGAGUCGUGGCUUUCAUGACGGAUGUCCGUCGGUUGAACGCGGUAGGAACUGGCUGACGUCUACGGAUCGGGAAGACGCUCGGAUACUGCAUCCGUUUAGUCUUGGCGACAAAGUAGAUGUUGAGCUGGAAUUUGUUCUGGUUGACACGAAACGCGACCAGGAAAUGUGCAUUGAGCUGAGUGGCGAUGAAGAUGAUGAAGACAAUGUAGAUGCAUCUAUUGACGGAAAUUGUGCUAGCGGGCAGAAGAUCUGUAAAAUGGAUGAAGACAUUGAAAUGAAAGUGUUUGAAGGUGACGGCUUCGAAGCUGCGCAAGAGCGAAAAGUCUUCAAAGCCGACAGUGAUGAUGACGUUGACCUGAAGUCGAGUGAAGGUAAUGAUGGCGAAACUACUGAGCGGAAAGUCUCUGAUGUCGACAUUGACAAUGACGAAGCCAAGCGUGUGAAAUCCGAAGCCAGCGAUAGCGACUUCGAUGCGCAAUUAUCUGGAGGCGAUGAUAAAGUCGAGCUGAAGUUUUCUAAGCUUCCUGACAGUGCUAGUGAUAACGAGAGUGGCAGCCACAGCGAGAGUGAUGAGGGCGAUUCUGCAAGCAAGGUGCAAUCACUUUCGGAAGACGACAGCAAUAGUGACAGUGGCGUUGAGUCCCAAAUUCGAAAAGACGAAGCUCAUGUGGAUUUUGUGAGCGACAGCGAGAGUGAUGACGACAAAACUGCCAAUAACGUACAGCGCUGUCCUUUUCCAAAGACAGCAGCGACAGCAACAACGACGUAG